AUGGAGGAGGCCUCUCUGCUGGGCGAUAUGUCCAGCCCCGAAGACGAGAUGGUGAUAGACCUUUUCAGCGCCGAGAGUCAGUUUGUUCCGGAAACCCUUCCCCUGAAAACCCCGGUGGCGGUGACGCAAGAGUCAGAUGAGUUCCACGUCUUCAAAGACGCGUACCUGGGCUCCGCAGACCCCGAAGAGCCCCUGCUGCACGCCUUCAACGCCCCGCUCGGCGGGGACUGCGAGGGCAAAGUCAAAGAGGAGCUGCUGGAGGAUGAGUACGAAGAUGAGGAAACGCUCGGGGAGAACCCGAGUCUUCCCAAGCUCAAUCCCCUGGAAGACGCCGUUCUUCCCGCCGCCCAGCAGCCGCAGGCCUACAACCUCUACUGCCUGUCCUCCCUGCUGACCCCGCACAGGAGUCCUGCCGUCGGGCCCCUGGGCGCCUGGGCCAGGGAAGGAGCCGCCCACCACGGCGUCCUCAUGAUUCCAGUUGAAAUCAAGGAAGCAGAUGGUACUAUCACAAGUAACAAUCUGGAGGAAGCAACUUUGCAGAACCGUCUGGCCCAGGAGUCCUGUUGCAAGUUCCCAACCUCACAAGAAGCAGAGGAUGCCUCUGGCUGCUCUCAGAAGAAAGGCUCUAACCCAAUGGUGAUAUGUCAGUUGAAAGGGGGUACACAAAUGCUGUGUAUAGACAAUUGUGGCACAAGAGAACUAAAAGCACCUCAUUUGGUUCCUCAGUAUCAAGACCAAAAUAAUUAUCUACAGUCAGAUAUCCCUAAACCCAUGACUACUUUAGUAGGAAGACUUUUGCCAGUACCAGCAAAUUUAAAUCUCAUUACACAACAACUUGAUAAUGGAGCCUUACCAUCCGCAGUCAACGGAUUUGCUUCCCCUUUGGGAUCAACUCUUCCAGGACCACCCAAAAUAACUUUGGCUGGGUAA